GGCUCUUUCAGAUUGAUUUCGUCCAGAUAAGAUGACCGUAAAAGAUGAAAAAGGCACGCAAAUCAUCGAAUAUCCAACGGAUUUCUUUAUUGGGGCCGUUUACGUUGAAUCUUUAAUAGGACAACACCAGUUUAAACCUGGAUCCAAUAAGGCAAUAAGAUCCUUGUACGCCAUCUACAACUACACGCUAUUCUGUAAUGCCGUGGGUUUCGUCAUCUUGGAAUUAACCGUCUUCAGGAAAACGAAAAACACGACCACUUUAGUAACGCAAAUCGGCAUGCUGAUCACCCACAUGAUGGGAAUGGCAAAACUCUCGGUCCUGGUUUAUUAUAGGAAACGUAUCGAGAGCACCAAAGAGAAACUACAAGACAAACGCUUCUACUACACACCUUUAGGUGAUUUUCAACCCGGUUUGCGUAUGCACGAAGGGAAAACGGCCGCAGUACGCGUAGCCGCGUUAAUAUUCCUGCUGUACACGUUUGUGGGCGUGUCCGCGCACAUUAGUGCAGUACUAAUGGUGCGGAAAAACACCGAAAACAAUACGUUUAUCGGUAACGUUACCUGCGAGUCAUUCAUCCCGUAUAUUUACGAUCAUCCCUUUGACGUCAGCACCGCCACCGGCUGCUACUAUUCGUUGGCCUGGAUGGAUUUCGCUUUGGACAUUAACGCAAACUACAUUGCCGCUUUGGACCUGAUUUUCGUCACUUUGAUGCACUGCCUGACUUGCCAGCUGAACAUUUUAGGCGAGGCCUUCACCAGCAUCAGGCAACGUUGCCUGCGCAAACUUAACCUGGAAAAUGCGAACUUUUUGCAUGACACCGAAUAUCCGAAGUUGGAAGAGGCGAUUUACGAGGAGUUUUCACGGUGCACCAAGCAUUUAUACUCUUUGAUUGAGGUUAGAAACGAUAUAGAGGAUGUGUUUACCUUUAUAACUCUAGGGCAAACCAUUGGUUCGUUGUUGAUAUUCGCCUCCUGCCUAUUCGUCGCAUCCAAAGAACCAAUAACAUCUCCAAACUUCUUUUCACAAAUGGAGUACUUUUCGGCUGUACUCUUUCAGUUUUCUUUGUACUGUUGGUUCGGAAAUCAGAUGACAAUCGCCGGUGCGUCUAUAUCAACAGCAGUAUAUAACAGCGACUGGUUCGCCUGUAGCAAAAGGGUGAAAAAAUCGAUAAUUUUAACAAUGAGUCGGAUGCAACGGCCCGUGUUCGUAUCUAUUGGGAAAUUCACCCCGUUGACUUUGACAACUUUAUUGGCAGUUAUUAAAGGUUCCUUCUCUUAUUAUACGGUGUUUCAAAGCGCUGGUGAGUAAAUAUGGCCACUUCUAUAUUGACUUGUAGUCUUGUUAUUUAUUAGCUAAAAUAUACUAGAAGCAUUUAAA